AUGCAGCCAGCGUCUGCUGCUGCUCCUACUGCUGGUAGUGGUGGUGCCUCUGCUGCUCAGCCACUCGAUGGCACACACCCACGCGUCUCGCCGCCACUCAGUCAUGGGAAGCACGAAGUCGAGAGUGAUGAUGGAAAUGCCAUGCACAGCGGAGAUGAUGCUGACCCUGAUGAAGACCAUGAAGAGCCUGAUGUCGCGCCUAAUGGCAAGCGGAAGAGGCCCAUCUCUGUAUCGUAG